UUUCCCUGUUGGACUAUCCAAAAUUACGAUCACACAGUUAGUUUUAUGUGGCCUCCUCUCCCUCACCCAUAUCAUUGUUUGUUUAGAAACCAAAAUUUUGAAGUGGUUGCAGCUCGCUCUCUUUUCCUCUCUCUAUGCCGCGUCUUCAAAAUCACCUCCACUGAAAAACCAGAAUCACAUCCAUGAAUUCCGUUUCUGUAAACUGCACGCAGGCAGCUCCGUUUCCCGCCAAGCAUCUGAGCUCCGCCGGAGCUCGUAGUGUUGCCGGUCAAAUAAAUGGACCGUCGGAAGGUUGGAGUUCGUUUGAUUACAGGCGAAGAGUCCGGAGAAGCGGGAGGUUCCGAGUUUCGAAUGCCGCGACCGAAACGCGGCGGAGCUUGGCGUCUCCGAGCGACGGCGAGAUCGGUUUUGGGAAGCUGAGCAAGUCUAGCGCCGCCAUGGAGCAGCUCGACUUCGAGCGCGGCGUUUGCGUGCCGUUUCGCAAGUAUACUCCCGAGACUGUGAGGAAUAAGGUGUUGGAAUCCAAUGGGGCAGUUGCAUCGCUAAUUUCGAGAGGUGUGGAGAUAGUGUGGACUUUGGGCUUGUAUUGGUCUGCCUUGAUGUAUGACUGCUUCGUCGGAAGGGAUCAAGAAGUUGUUCCAAAGCGUGCUCGACAGCUUAGAAACCUCCUGUGUGAUUUGGGGCCUUCUUUCAUCAAAGCUGGCCAGGUUCUUGCAAACAGACCUGAUAUUAUCAGAGAAGAUUACAUGAAUGAACUUUGCAUUCUCCAAGAUGAUGUUCCUCCGUUCCCCAAUCAGGUUGCCUUUGACAUAAUAGAAGAGGAGUUGGGUCAACCCCUUGAAGCUGUAUUCAGUAAGAUUUCGCCACAGACAAUAGCAGCUGCCAGUUUGGGUCAAGUUUACCGAGCUACUUUACGUGACACUGGCGAGGAUGUAGCUAUUAAGGUACAAAGGCCAGAGAUAGAACCUAUAAUUUAUAGGGAUCUUUUUCUGUUCCGUAAUCUUGCUUCAUUCUUAAAUGGAAUCAGUCUACAGAAACUUGGGUGCAAUGCUGAGCUCAUUGUUGAUGAAUUCGGUGAGAAGCUUUUGGAGGAGCUUGAUUACACUUUGGAAGCCCGCAAUAUUGAAGAUUUUCUUGAGAACUUUAAAGAUGAUCCUACUGUCAAGAUACCUGACGUUUACAAACAGCUUUCUGGUCCACGUGUUCUAGUAAUGGAGUGGAUCGAUGGUGUUCGGUGCACUAACCCACAGGCAAUUAGAGAAGCCGGUAUUGAUGUAAAUGGGUUCUUAACUGUUGGAGUCAGUGCUGCGUUGCGCCAAUUACUGGAAUUUGGAUUGUUCCAUGGAGAUCCACAUCCUGGAAAUGUUUUUGCUAUGCGUGAUGGACGUAUUGGAUAUGUGGACUUUGGGAAUGUUGCUGUGCUUAGUCAGCAAAACAAACAGAUUUUGAUCGAUGCUGUCGUCCAUGCUGUAAAUGAGGACUAUGUUGAGAUGGCAAAUGAUUUCACCAGACUGGGCUUCUUGGCUCCUGGGACUGAUGUCUCUCCUAUUGUUCCAGCUUUAGAAGCAAUCUGGCAGAAUUCUCUUGGAAAAGGACUGUCUGACUUUAAUUUUCGAAGUGUUACUGGGAAGUUUAAUGAAUUAGUUUACAACUAUCCCAUUCGUAUUCCAGAGAGGUUUUCGCUUGUUAUCAGAUCUUUAUUGACUCAAGAGGGUAUCUGUUUUACUUUGCAGCCAGAUUUCAAAUUUCUUGAGGUUGCAUAUCCAUAUGUGGCAAAACGCCUCCUAACAGAUCCAAACCCGGCUCUGCGUGAACGCCUCAUACAAGUACUAUUUAAGGAUGGUGUUUUCCAAUGGAAGCGGCUAGAAAAUCUCAUUGUUCUUGCAAAAGAAAAUGUGUCCAUGAUGAGCAGCAAUCCUGCAUUGCAAGCGAAAGAAAUGCAAGGGUUAAGAGAGUUGCAAGUUAGCAAGAAACUGGACCUCACUGACACCAUCAAAGAUGGAGCUCGCCUUUUCAUUUUUGACGAAGGAAUCCGUAGAAAGCUCAUUCUUGCUUUGACCGAAGAUUCAAAGCUUCACAUAGAAGAGCUCGUGGAUGUGUAUAGACUGGUUGAAGAUCAGAUAGACAUACCAACGGUUGCUGUGGAAGUAGCACGAGACUUUCCGUCGUUCGUUCGAGAUGUGAUGCUUUCGUGGAGCGAGUCCGUCUUAACUGAUAGAUAGCUGGAAGUUUUGGAGUAGCUGCAAACACAGAACUUACUAUACUACUGAGUAAUACCAUACGAACCAAUCUUACACCCUAUUAUUGUUCGACAUCCGAUUGUCUGAAGUUGUAAAUUGCCUUGCCAGUGUUGUAAAUGAGAGUACGCCGCCUCUGUAGUCUGUAUAGAACCAAACAUUUUGGUAUAGCAAGUAUAUGCAAUUCAAAUGUA